CACCCUUAUGAGAGACGAUUCUAAGGUUUUUGAGACAGAUUCCUACCGGUCUGGAUCAAAAUCGGGUACAGAUUCAACCUGGAUUUUAAAAUCCUUGGCUCUAAAGAAGAAGCUUUCCAUUUUCAUGGCAAAGCUGGAUAGAGAAGCUUCAAAUCUUUCUUUAUUCCAUGAAAUUGUUGCAGAGUUGUCUUAAUCAUCAUCAUUGAGUUGUCUUUAAGCAAAUUAGUUAUUUCAGAGUGCGUUUCAAGGAGUUGCUCGUGAGUUUCUUCAUUGUACUAUUGUUCAUCGUUUCAAUCAUAUUCUUCUAUUUCAGUCAUGGCGGGAGUGCCACCAGAAGGAUCACAAUUUGAUGCUCGUCAAUAUGAUUCCAAAAUGAGUGAAUUACUUGGAACUGAUGGGCAGGAGUUCUUUACCUCAUAUGAUGAAGUAUAUGACACUUUUGAUUCUAUGGGCUUGCAAGAGAAUCUUCUGAGGGGCAUCUAUGCAUACGGGUUUGAGAAGCCCUCUGCUAUUCAGCAAAGGGGAAUUGUGCCAUUCUGCAAAGGUCUUGAUGUUAUUCAGCAAGCACAGUCUGGAACAGGAAAAACAGCAACUUUCUGCUCUGGAAUUCUGCAACAGCUUGAUUAUGGUUUGUUGGAAUGCCAGGCCCUGGUGCUUGCACCCACCAGGGAACUUGCACAACAGAUUGAGAAGGUUAUGCGUGCACUUGGGGACUAUCUUGGUGUGAAAGUUCAUGCUUGUGUUGGUGGAACCAGCGUCCGUGAGGAUCAGCGCAUUCUCUCAAGUGGAGUGCAUGUUGUAGUUGGUACCCCUGGUCGUGUCUUUGACAUGUUACGGAGGCAAUCUCUUCGUGCUGAUUGCAUUAAGAUAUUUGUUUUGGAUGAGGCUGAUGAAAUGCUUUCACGAGGUUUCAAGGAUCAGAUCUAUGAUAUUUUCCAGCUAUUGCCAUCAAAGGUUCAUGUAGGAGUAUUUUCUGCCACAAUGCCUCCUGAAGCCCUUGAGAUCACAAGGAAGUUCAUGAACAAGCCUGUGAGGAUUCUGGUUAGGCGUGAUGAACUUACCCUUGAGGGUAUCAAGCAGUUCCAUGUCAAUGUUGAGAAGGAAGAUUGGAAGCUUGAGACUCUUUGUGAUCUUUACGAGACUCUGGCCAUCACACAAAGUGUCAUCUUUGUCAACACAAGACGCAAAGUUGACUGGUUGACAGAUAAGAUGCGGAGCCGUGACCAUACUGUAUCUGCCACUCAUGGAGAUAUGGACCAGAACACCAGGGACAUCAUCAUGCGUGAAUUCAGAUCUGGUUCCUCCCGAGUGCUCAUUACCACAGAUCUUUUGGCUCGUGGUAUUGAUGUCCAGCAAGUCUCCCUUGUCAUAAACUAUGACCUUCCCACACAGCCUGAGAAUUAUCUCCACCGUAUUGGACGUAGUGGACGGUUUGGGAGGAAAGGUGUUGCUAUCAACUUUGUGACACGUGAUGAUGAGAGAAUGCUGUUCGAUAUCCAGAAGUUCUAUAAUGUGGUCAUUGAGGAACUGCCUUCAAAUGUUGCAGAUCUCCUCUGAGUUUCUCUUUGUUAUUUCUUUUUAAACUGCAUGUAGUAUGCAUUCUAGAUCGAUUUUUCAUUUAUUAUCUCGGAAUGCAAAAUCAACUUAGAAUGCAUAUUUAGUUUUACUGAACCUUGUCUGAGUUAAAUGGAUCUGCAUAUUUUCAAUGGUGUGGAAUCCAUCAUUUCCCAUUUUGGGUGUUUUGGCGGGCUUUUCGAAUUUUGUUCCAAACUGGAUUUUGUAUCUUAAUGGGUCUUUUUAUUACCUAAAGAAGAUUAGCUUGGAAUGGUCA